UGAUAACUCUUUUUACAACAAACCAGAAUUUUCAAAUGUUGCAGUUGAAAUGGCAGAAAGUCAAAAUGAAGAAUACAUUUCUGAUGAAACAUAUUGUUAUGCACAAAUGUCAUCAAGGGCAUAUAUUUGGCAUUCAGUUUUGAAUACAAUAAAAAAUCGUAAUUCAUGGUGUCCUCAAUGUGCAGGAUGUUCUAAACUUAAUAUUAAUAUUGCUAAAGAAAUUGUGCUUAAAAAAGGUAAUGCAAAAAUUUCCAUUGAAGAAGCUAGAAAAAUCGCGAUUAAAAAUAAAGGAUUAUUAUUAUGUCUUUCUGAAACGUAUAAUGGUGCACAUACAAAAUUAAAAUGGCAGUGUGAAAAAAAGCAUGAAUGGUAUGCAACCCUGGGUAAAGUAAAAAAUUUAGAUAAACGGUGUCCAUUUUGUCCAUAUAAGAGACAAGAACUCUGCAAGGAAAUAUUGAUGAAAUUAUUAGGCCCACCAUCUGAUAUACGUAGACCAUAUUUCUUAAAAACUCCUGAUCAUCCGUUAGGGCUUGAACUUGAUGUAUACUAUCCACAGUACGAUUUUGCUGUCGAAGUUCAAGGUAUACAACAUGAAUGCUUCCAUGCUUUCUUUCACAAAAACCAAAAGGAUUUUGAAAAGCAGUUUGCACGGGAUCAGCUAAAAAAAGAACUUUGUGAUAAAAAUCGGAUAUUACUUAUCGAAGUAUGGUAUUAUGAAGACCUUUAUUUAGUGAUCCCUCGAUGA